AUGCAGUAUGGGCAAGCCCAGUCGGCAAUAAGCGAAGUGAUCAACGAGCUUUGCUUAUACUUGGACAACCGAUGGGCACAUUUACUCGAUUUCGAUGUCGACGGAGUUCUCGCGCCCGCUCGGAUGGAGGAGUAUGCAACUGCUAUCUUUGAUGCAGGUGCCCCAUUGAACACGGUAUGGGGCUUUAUUGACUGUACCAUCCGGCCUACUUGUCGUCCGCAUCAUCUACAACGAACUGUCUACAACGGCUAUGAGAAGGUCUAUGCACUCAAAUAUCAAGCUAUCAUGCUUCCGAACGGCCUUAUUGGACAUCUGUAUGGGCCGAUCGAGGGCCGACACAAUGACAAUGCCCUGCUCGCAGCACCAACGCCUGCUUCACGCUACUUCCAGAUUUUUGGAGACCCAGCCUAUGGUCUAAGCCCGCUGAUGAUAAGUCCAUUUUCGGGGCCAGGGGAGCAUACCCGAGAAGAAGCGGCAUGUAACGAGGCAAUGGCAGCCGUGCGUAUCGAGGUUGAACAUGGGUUUGGCAUAGUGGUCACAAAAUGGCCCUUUCUCAAUGGCUGGUGGAAGCAACGGGUCUUUUCUUCGCCUGUGGGACGGUACUAUUGUGUUGGUGUGUUAUUGACUAAUGCAUUAAACUGCCUUAGUCCAAACCAGACAUCUCAGUACUUCGCUUGCGAGCCACCAUCUGUAGAGCAUGACUAA